AUUCAUGAAUUCUCAUCUAUCUCAAUGAACUGGAAUGAAUCAGUUUCAUUAUCAAUGAACAGUAAUGUAGAGCAAACAUCUCAAUAACAGUCAAAUCAGACAAUCUCAAAUAUCUAGGUUUCUAUUUCCCCCCAAACUAUCAGAACUGCUGCAAAUGUGGAGCUCUUAUCUGUUUGUUCAGCUGCUGGAUCGGUAAAAAAGAGCAAAGAAUCCAUCAUCCAUUCAAAGCUGCCAAGAGUUCCCUCUCCCCGGACACUUCCUUCAGCGACUCUGGGGGGACCCCGAGACGUUCCCUGGAGAGACUAGAGAGUCUGACUCAUCUUCCAUCUCUGAUCAUGCAUCGCUGCAGGGAGAAGUCCUAAAAACAUCAACGUGUCACAGAGUCAAGCGGAAGUGAAGGCGGAGCUGUUUGCCAACUGCGCGCGCGGCUUUUUGGCGGCACGCGGGAGCUGUCCAGUGCUGAAAAGCAGCCCGCAGCCUGCAGGAAUGAUCUGCUCCUGGAGUUCUCAUGUCUCCAGACUGAGCUUUGUCCUGUUGCUCCAUAGGAACAUUGCAGACAACUCAGUAGAUGUUCAGGCUUGAAAUGCAAAAAGAAAAUCCUCUACAUACCGGAGAAAACGAGGCGGGGCCGAUUCAGCGCAUGCGCACUUCAUCCUGACCGCCGCUGGCACAGGAUCGUCACGUGAUCUACCUGCUUACACGUGAUCUACCUGCUUACACGUGAUCUACCUGCUUACACGACGUAGGUAGAUCACGUGAUCUACCUGCUCUUUAUGUGACGUCACUUACAAUGUUAAACGUCAUCAGUUUUCCUGUUCGUAAACCCCGGUUCCUGAUCGACACAGACACUACAGACACUCGUCUUCACAUCGUUGAAGAAGUGCAGGCACGAGAGGACUCAAGAGAACUCCAGAGCUAGAAAGACUAGAACUGAAGAUUAUCUAUUCCCCAAAACUCUGAUCUCAUCCCAAACAUAUCCCACCAUGGCUGAGGUGCAAACAGGCAACAUUCUGAUGGGCUCCUUGGGACUUUAUGAAGUGGGAGAAUUCCUGGGACGAGGAGGUUUCGGCAGAGUGGUAGAAUGCACUAAGAUGGGGAGUGAGGAGACUUUUGCCGUCAAGAUUGUAGACAAUUUGAGAGCGGGCCAUGAAGAGAUGGAAGCCAUGAAGAUCAUCUCCAGUCUGAAUCCUGAUCAAAACAACCUGAUCAAGAUUCAUGAAUGUUUCCGACACAAAGACAGCAUGUGCCUGGUGUACGAGAUGCUGGAUGAAAGCUUGGAGGGCUUCAUGGAGAGGAGGUCUUUCCUUCCGGCUCACCUGUGUCAGAUCAGAGCUAUAGCUCAGCAGAUGCUGGUCGCUCUGAGCGGCCUGGAAAGCAUCAACGUUUUACAUGGAGACAUCAAGCCAGAUAACAUCAUGUUUGUUGACCAGGUCACAAACCCCCUCAAACUCAAACUCAUUGACUUUGGCUUGGCCGUCGACCCCCAAGAGCUGGAAACUGGAACCAAGAUGCAGAUUAACCCCUUCAGAGCCCCAGAGGUCAUUCUGGGUGUUCCUCUGGACGUGAGCGUUGAUAUGUGGUCCCUGGGUGUGGUUCUGGCCUCGCUGUACAUCGGAGACGUUCCCUUUUCAAACAAGAACGACUAUGAGACCAUCAGAGGCCUGGUGCAGCUGUUGGGUUUACCUGAGGACGACCUCCUCCAGUUUGGAAUCAGAACAUAUGACUUUUUCACCUACGAGGAGGAAUCCAGUCAACCCGGCUGGAGGCUCAACACGCCGUCUGAAUACGCCGAAGCCACAGGGGAGGUGGUGAAGAAGCUGAAAGAAAUCCCAGACCUGGACGCCAUGGCGGAGUUUCAUCACGACACCUUUCCUCUGCACGAGGACGACGACCAUCGCGUCUUCCUAAGCCUUCUUAGGAGCAUGCUGGCCAUCGAUCCUCGGCAGAGAAUUACACCAAGCUCCGCCCUCGCUCAUGACUUCAUCACCAUGGGACACCUGUCCGGAGAAAGGAAGGCCUCCUAUGCUGCCACAGCAAAAGAUGCAAUGAGGCAGGCUGGGAUCACAGAGAGCUUUCCAGAAACUUCUACUGAUGUUGUGAGGGAAACGCCUGAAGAACGCUGGGACCACAUUUCAGAGGCUUCAACAGCUGACACCAACAACAUCUGUGAUGCGCCUCCUGCUGGAGGAACAGAUCAGAACAGCCAAGCUGCCAACAGCUGUGAGGAAGCAGAAGACCACCUCCCCCCUCCUCAUCAAGCAGACGCUGAGGCCCAGCUUCAGGAAGAAGCAGACAACUCUCCUGCUUCUUCCUGUGCAGUUCUCAGCGCAGAUGAUGGAUCUGUUGCUAACAUGGUUUCCAUUCCUCUGGAUGAUGAAGAAACAGCUCCAGAACAAAGUCCAAGCAGCUGCAAGGAAGAAGGAAAGGAGCAACAUGUCAAAGAAGACAAAUUCAAGCCAAAACCAAAAGGCUUCAGAUGGAUUAGGAGGUUCUUCACAACAAUCCUUCAAGUCUUCACAUCACACAGAUCUCAAAGGCUUGAAGAACAACAAGCAGGAGGAGACAAAAGGGAGAAGAGGAAGAAGAAGAAGAUGUGGGGUUCCUGAACUCAUUUGGGGGAAUUCUCACUCUUUGACUGAACAAUGUGGGUUUUUCUCCAGGCACUCUGGUUUCCCACAAACACUGACUUGAACCCUUGUGUUAUGUUGUGAGCAAAACAAACACACAAAAGGGGAAAACAAAAACACAACAAGUGUUUAGUUUAAGACUCGUUUUAUAAAUAUGUAGAUUCUUUUAAAAUUCAUUUUAUUGUUUUGUUGUUUAACUUACAUUAUCAAAAUGUGAGAUAAUCUACUUUAUUUUAUUUUUAAUAACACGCUCACAUAACCACAAAAAACAAUGUGAGAUGAUUUUCAUUUUUUAAUUUCUUUGUAUAUAACAAAAAAAAACUUUAUUAAAAAAAA